CUUUGUACCUGCUACCAUAUCAUAAAAAUGCUAUUGAGAGUAAACAGACAAAUGCCGUGUUUUAGCAUUGAUAGAACUUGCAGAAGCACACUUUAAAAGGUCUUAUUUUACUUUAUAAAUCCUCCUCAACCAUGCAUUGGUAGUGGUUUUCUAUUUCACACCAAAAGACACCUUGAGAAGUCAGAAAUGUACAUCACCACAUAGUCAAAUAUUUAAUUACUUUGCAAUCGGAUUUUACAGGUGACGCAAUGGUUAAUGAACUUUUAGGAUUUGGGGUUUGAAUCCUGGUCUUGGCUUUUUGUGGAGAUUGAUACUAUAUGCCUUUAAAACGCUAUUUUUGUUUAUUUUGAUUCCCGGGUGUAAUCAUUUUACACUUCUUGAAAGGUGCCAAAUAUUCUGCUAUUAGCCAACCAAAUUCUUGAGAAAAAAUCUGAUUUUUUUUUUUUUUGCAUGUCAUAUGUCAUAGUUCUUCUCACCAUAAAUCCUACAAAUCGCGCUUGUCUCACUAUCGCGAGAGUUAAAUGCUUCCGCGAAGCAUAUAUCCAACUAUCCUGGAAGUUUAACCCUCUAAGUUACAUUAAAUUUUAUUUUCUAUCGAUUUAAUCUACACACAGACGUGCCAUGAGAAAAUAACCAUUAUGGAAACAUGGAUAUUAUUUUCAAUAUUAUUUAGCAUUUUCACGCUGCAAUAAAGGAGGAACAAUACUUUCAAGCUACUGUGCUUAAAAAAGACACGUUAUCAUGGAUGCGUGUUUUUCUACUGGAACAAAAUAGGGGGUUUAAUUGUAUUUAUAUAGCCCUAAAACAAGAUUAAAUGUCAACUGUUUUCUCACCGAUCGACAAAAUUACUCUUAAAUGUGCAAAUUACUCUUAAAGUUCACAUUGAUUUCGGAAGUUAAAAUAGGCAACUAUUUCCCUCAUUUACACUCAAAUAUUUAAUUUCUUUCUGUAAAAUCAAGGAUAUGGUAUAUAAAACGCAGACUAGUCUUGCCACGGACACUUCUGUCUAUGUACGGACCAGCCGACGAUCCCUGUUUGUGACGAGUACAUAAUUUAUACUCCUUUUCCGGAAGGCGGAAGACGGCAGUGAAUUACCUCGGUGUGGAAAUUCACCUGGAGCGUCUUUUUUUAAAAAAAUAAUCAACAAAUUCGGUAAUUACGUGUUUUAAUACCCACAUAUUUGGGGGACGGGUACCGAGGAAUGAAAGUUACUGUUUGAUUGAAAGGAGGAGAUUGAGAUGCCUCUUUUCAGAAGACCUGAGGCUUGCUUGGUUAAAAAGGGGGCAAAGACGAAGAGGAAAAGUCAACAAGGCAAGAGAGAAAAUGAUGGAGACUGCAGCUCUCUCAUUCGUUUGUGUCUAUGGAGUCUGGUUGAAAACAUGAAAGAUGUCUGGACCAAAGACUAUGCCAAGAUGUACAUGGACCAGUACUCCUUCCGUUACAUCAUAGGACCAUUCAACAUCCUGCCAGGGCAUCUUGUAGAGGAGCUACUCUUUCUACUUUCCUCUCAUCGUUUGAUGACGCGUCCUGCCCUGCACCUCCUGCUAGUGCCACAAGUGAAGUCGCUCUCACUGUCUGCCUGUUCUAGCCUGGUUACCCCACACAUCUGCCAGCUGAUUGGAAUUCGCUGCCAGGCUCUACUCUCACUGGAUCUGUCAGGUGCUCAGCACCUCUCUGCCCUGGUCCUGAGUGAGCUGCUGGGGCAUCUUACCAGGCUUCAUUCUCUCUGCCUGGCAGGUACUCAGUGUGAUGGUUCUGUGUUGCAGAUUGUGGGUAGCAACUGCAGAGAACUGCGGCAGCUGGAUGUAUCGGGUUGCUAUCAGCUCACCCCCAUUGGCUUGCUGUCUUUGGUGCACCCACCAGCUUCUCACACUCGCUUGCCUCUACGGAGCCUUGUGGCUUCAGACAUAGGCUUUGCAAAGGGGGAUGAUGAACGAGUGGCGGUGGCAGUGUUUCUCCUGCUUACAUUGCCCUGCUUGGUAAAAACUGCGCUAGAUGGCCUGGGUGAUGCUUUUGAUGUAAUAGAAAGCCAGGAUUUUGCAGAUUUGGAAGCUUUCUGUUCCCUUAAUGGAAUGCCUAACCUUAAAGAAUUAUGGGAUGAACGGAUACAAAUACAAGGAAAGUUAACAGAAGAGAAAGAAACAAAAAAUGAAGGAUUGUUAGAUGAAGGAAUGGAAAGAUGGCUGUCAGAAAGUGAGGAACCUGAUGGCGAUGAUGAGAGUGAAAAUGGAUCAGAGCAUGAAGAGGCUGACGGUGGAAAAGUGAAGGUACAAGAGAAGAUUUUGCUUCACUGUGAUAGGCAAGAAGAAGUGAAGGACAUAGGCAGGACUGAAGGACAAACCAGGUAUGCAAAGAGUGUCUUACAAGACCACUUGACCCUUCCUUUGAGGGAAGCUCAGGGAAUAUCCUGCAGGAAUAUGAGGGCAUUGGGGAGACUUUGUCCAGAUUUGUGUGCUCUCUCCCUGGACUGUGACAAUAGUGAACUUGGACAGUUAGCAGUUGCAUUGGAGCGAUGGACACAUGAGUUGCUCAGCCUUAGUCUGCAUUUUGCAGGGAUUUUGACUGAAAUUCUACCUGCCAUACAAACUGUGGGUGCCACGUUACACCAUCUACAUUUAGAAGGUGUCAAGAUCAGUGAUGAUGCUUCUUUCCUACAACUACUCUGCUUGUGCACCAAGCUAAGGACACUGGCAAUACACACAGAGUCUCCCAUUCUAAAUGAGGACGAAGAAGAAGAUGAAGAAGAUGAAGAGCAGGGUAUUCAGGCUCUGCCCUGCCUGUCCCAACUCCGUUUUCUGUCUGUCAAGUUCUUCAUUGAUCAUAGUAAAAAGAAGCCUUUGAUGUGUUGGAGGUCCCUGAAAUGGGUACUGCUGGGCCUGCUAAGAGGAUCUCCUCUUCUUGAAAAAGUUACGCUGUUUGCCAUUCCAUGCUCUAUAAAUUCUGUAUUCCAAAUGCUUUUGGAAACUCAUCAUUUACCUCCAGCGACUGACAGAAUUCCACCACUGUGUCAGUUGCGAUAUUUGAGUCUGGCGUAUUGUGAUGUUUCCAUGGAAACUGCAACCCGACUAGUGACCUUGGACAGCUGCUUGUCUACACUAGAUCUAAGUGGUUGCUGGGCUGUGAGUGCUGACAUUAUUGAGCAGUUACAAUGGAAUACCAGCAGGAGGAAACAUUCACUCAAAAUUGUCUGGACAUAGACUAUUUCAUAUUGUAUCGAUUGUACUGACACAUUUAAAUAAAUAAUAAUUAGUUUGCUUUUUUUUUAUUUAAAAAAAAAAAAAGCAAAUCACAUUGUUAUUGAUUAAUCCUCAAUUUUACUCCUUGUACUGAUUGUUAUAAGCACUGAUGUAUUGGCACCAUUACUGAUACUUUACAUAGAAAGGCAGGUCAGCAUUGUUGCUUACUAAUAAUCAGGUAAACUUUGAGGCUUGUGUAUUUCAUACACAGCCCAGGCUCAGUGUCUAUGAAGUUUACAUGUUCUGUCCAUAUUUUUGGGGUGUUUUUGAUUUUUAAUUUUUAUGACCACCACCUUGUAACAAUAUCUUAUGUGAUUUUUCUUCUAGUUAAAUUAAUUUUAUAGAAUGUCUUUCCUAACAUGGCUUCCAGACUAUCUACAUAUACAUGUACAAUACACAGUAGUCUGUUUAGACAGCCAGAGGACAACAGAGGAGGAAUAAGAAAAAAGCUUUAAGUUGGGAUAGUAUGGGAUACUGCCAGUGCACCCGUCCAGGGCAUGUUACCCAUACAUGUCCAAAUAUCAGCAGGUAACUAGGUAUGCAGGUAAUGUUCAGUUGGUCUGGUUCUGUGCCUGCAGUCUGCGUCAGUUUUCUGUUGCCCAUCCUAGCUAUGGCCUGGUUGUAUAUUGAAUCAACGAUUGUGAAAUUCAGCCCAUGUGAGUUUAGCAUUAAUAAAUCAUUGUCUGUUUUUUAAAAAGGUAGAUCUUAUUCAUCUGUAUCUCAGUUCAGUGAUACAAUGCAGUAAAGCGCUAAGCCUAAUACUAUUCGGUUUGAAAACAGAAUUUAGUGUUAUUGGCAUAAUAGUGAAAGUCUGUUUAAUUUUUUCCUAUCCUAUAGUGGAAGCACAUGCAAAGAGAGUCUUUAUACUGAGUCCUAUAGAACUCAAAAUGUAAUUAUUUUUGUGAAUGAGUCACAGAUGUCAAAAUUCUGGGCAUGCUGCUCACGGUUUCUAGGUAAGAGAUAAACGAUUGUAUUAUUAUCAUUGUGUUUUUCCUUUGGGAUCAAUAAAGUAUCUAUCUCUCUAUC